CAGAAGCGCCGUGAAAAUGGUCAGAUCCGCCUCUCCGGCUGCAAUGCGCGCUCCCGACACAGGGGGGCAGAUUUUCACAGACCUCUUCAUUCUGUGCUGCGGUUCCGAGCCAGGGAACGGUUCUUUCCGAUCCCCUCUCGGUCCGUUAACGCCUCGCAGACAGCGCGCGCUCUGGCGCUCAUUAAACCUGAUUGAAAACACCUGGAGGAGCGCGCGGCCGCUUUAGCGAAAGUCACUGAGGUCAGGAACUGUUACGUUCACGCGGAGGGCGGUUCGGUUCGGCGGGAUGCAGAAAGGCCUGAAGAAGUACUUCGUGAACAUGGAUGAGUACCUGUCCAGUCUGGGUCUGUACCGGAAGAUGGUCGCGCGGGACGCGUCCAGCCUGUUCCGGGCCGUGUCCGAGCAGCUCUACUUCUCCCAGAACUACCAUCAGAAGAUCCGACUGGACUGCGCGAGCUUCAUGCGGGCCAACAGGUGCAACUUUGAGCCGUUUGUGGAGGGUUCCUUUGAGAAGUACCUGGAGCGUCUGGAGGAUCCCAAGGUGAGUCCCUGUGAGCUUCUGUCUCACCUGAGCUCACCUGGAUCCCACCAGCUCAGUGUGUGUGUGUGUUUCCAGGAGACGGUGGGUCAGGUGGAGAUCAAGGCUCUGUCUCAGCUCUACAGGCGGUGCUUCCUGAUCUACCGUUACCCCGGGAAACCGGCCACCGUCAUCUCAGAGAACGACUUUGAGGACAAGGUAACCCUGUGCUGCUCCAUCAACGGUCACUAUGACAUUAUCUAUGGGCGGAGCUACCCAGCCUCAGCAGCGCUGUGCCAGUCUCUGCUCUACGAGCUGCUCUACACUCAGGUGUUCGGCGUGGAGGGGGUGGAGCUCUGGCAGGCCAUGGAGACCUUCAGGGCUGGAGGUCGUCGCUACAGAAACAGCCUGUCUGUGUGCAGCGACGUUGACGUGGGCUACGACGCACCUGAGGACCGGCUGCACAGGGACGAGGCGGAGGCGGGCGGAGCAGCAGAGGAGACCAAGCCGCCUGCUGAGGCUCCGCCCACCUCCAGACUCUGUUUGCCCUACAAGGUCCUGAAGUCUCUGGACGGUGACAUCUACAGGAACCUGGAGUUUGACGUGUGGCAGGACACCUGCAAAGAGAUGCAGAAGACGGACUACAUGGUGUUCGCGGGGCGACAGUACUUCCUGGGAGACAAGUGCCAGGUCCGCCUGGAGCCCAAAGGGAAAUUCUACAACGCCUUCAUCCAGGAAGUGGGAACCCACUCGACGGCCGUCACCGUGUUCAUCGAGGAGCUGGGAGAGAAACACCUGGUUCCACUGACCGAUCUGAAACCAGUCAACCCAGUGCCUGCCUGGAACGUGGCGGCGCCGCCCAGGAAAGGAGAUCCGGACCCAGAGUCUCGAGGUCAACGCCAUCACCGCCAUCGUUACUUCAGGAAGUCCCGCGGUAGCAGUGGGGCAAAGGGGGCGGAGCUACUGCUGCCACCGCCCGUCUCCUAUGGAGGCCCCGCCCUUUCACCUCUCCCUCCCCGCUUCCAACCCGCGGGUCACCCUCGCCCACCUCUCCCCCCGUCACCAGGGGCCAUGACCUACGACCCCUACGCCUCCCCACACCACCACUCCCCUGCAGCGAGAGCCCCACGCUACGGCGUGUCAAGUCCUGCUCGGUUCCUGAACCGUCAGCUGAUUGGUCCACAGCUGACCUAUUACCACCCAGGCAGAAGAUAUUACCAUGACUACGAGAACUACGCCUUCCGGUCCCGCCGCAGUCGGCGCCACCUGCUGGCCGUCAGUAAGGAAUGUCAGUUCGGGUUUCCCGCUGAGGCGGUGGAGGAAGCGGCCGACCUCGACCCGCCCAUGACCUUCUACCAGCUGGAGGACGCCGGCGACGCCGUCUUCCCCCCCCUGCAGGGCCCUGCUGUGGCUCCGCCCAUCGGGGCCCCCUCACCGCCCUCAGGCUCCUCCUACCGGGUGCAGCGGGCCGCGGCAAGCCGCCCGCCGGCCUCCCCGCCCGACGCCACGCCUCCCUGCUCCUCGGAGGAUGACCAGGCGGACGCCAGCACCGUGGAGGACCAGGUCGAGUACACGGAGGAGUACGUGUUCGGCGCCCCGGAUCAAAGCUACCAGAUGCCAGGUGUCUACCCAGCCGAUGAGCCCGCCGCCACUCAGGACGUACAGGAAAGGGGUCCCACCAACUCUCCAAGCAGAUCAGACAUAUCCUACAGCUACACUCCUCAGGUGGUGAAGCCGCUGCCUGUCAUCUGCUCCUCCCCUUCCUCCUCCUCUUCCUCGCCUCCCUCGCCGUCCCGGGUCCCGGCCGCCCCUCACCUGCUGCCGGCCGCCCCUCACCUGCUGCCGGCCGCACACGCUCAGACUCGCCCAGUUUCCAUGAUGAUAUCCGCUGCCGCUCCCUGGUUGGUCAGCGAGUCAGGCGAGCCCCUGUGCACUGUACUGGCUCCGCCCUCUUACUCCUACGACCCAAGCGGCAGCGACUUACCCAGAGACUGCAGGGUUGUCCAGUACUACUACAACCUGGGAGUGCAGUGGUUCCACCAGAGCUGCUGGCCGCAGCAGCAGGCCUACCCCCCCCCCACCUUGCCGGAGCUGGCCUACCCCUACCAGCACUACCCCCCCUACCCGGGCCAGGAGCCCCCCCCCCACGGUGAGUCGGGUCCAGAGUUGAUCGACAGAACAUCCUCUCUAGAACCGGGUCGUUUGGGCCGGAGCUCAACCGUCUGACACCAGAGUUGGUUU